CUGGAGGUGAGUCGACUCAACAUCCAGCAGAGGAUCCAGGACAGAGAGAAAGAUGUGAAGCUGCUCCAACAGGAGGUGAAGGCUGUCAAUCGCUCUGCUGAUAAAGCAGUAGAGGACAGUGAGAAGAUCUUCACCGAGCUGAUCCGUCUCAUGGAGAAAAGAAGCUGUGAUGUGAAGCAGCAGGUCAGAUCCCAGCAGAAAAGUGAAGUGAGUCGAGUCAAAGAGCUUCAGGAGAAGCUGGAGCAGGAGAUCACUGAGCUGAAGAGGAGAGACGCUGAGCUGAAGCUGCUGUCACACACAGAGGAUCACGACCAGUUUCUACUCGACUACCCCUCACUGUCACCACUCAGUGAAUCUACACACUCAUCCAGCAUCAAUAUCCGUCCUCUGAGCUACUUUGAGGACGUGACGGCGGCUGUGUCAGAAGUCAGAGAUAAACUACAGGACGUUCUGAGAGAGAAAUGGACAAACGUCUCACAGACAGUGACUGAAGUGGAUGUUUUACUGUCACAACCAGAGCCCAAGACCAGAGCUGGAUUCUUAGAAUAUUCACAAGAAAUCACACUGGAUCCAAACACAGCAUACACACGGCUGUUAUUAUCUGAGGGGAACAGAAAAGCAACAUUUAUGAGAGAACAGUCUUAUCCUAGUCACCCAGACAGAUUCACUGUAUUUAAUCAGGUCCUGAGUAGAGAGAGUCUGACUGGACGUUGUUACUGGGAGGUGGAGAGGAGAGGGGGAGGAGUUUAUGUAGCAGUCGCAUACAAGAGUAUCAGGAGAGCAGGGGGGCCGAAUGAAUGUGGGUUUGGACGGAAUGACAAAUCUUGGGCGUUACGUUGUGACCAAAACAGUUAUAUAUUUUGGUACAACGAUGUCAAAACUCCCGUCUCAGGUCCUCUGUCCUCCAGAGUAGGAGUGUACCUGGAUCACAGUGCAGGUAUUCUGUCCUUCUACAGCGUCUCUGGAACCAUGACUCUCCUCCACAGAGUCCAGACCACAUUCACUGAGCCUCUCUAUGCUGGACUUUGGCUUACAGGUUAUGGAACCACUGCUGAGUUGUGUAAACUGAAAUAGACAGAAGUCA